GCGUUUGGGCGGUACGUGUUGCUGCUGAGUUACUUCGUGCCCAUAACUCUCCUGGUGCAGCUGGAAGUGAGCCGGUGGUGUCAGGCGAGUUUCUUAUCAGCAGACAAGCGAAUGAAGAGCAACAACAGCAGCGGCAGCAAUAGCAGCAGCAGCAGCGGCGGGGGGGCUGCGGCGCAGUCUGUGGCCCUCAUGGAUGAGCUCGGCAGUGUAACACAUAUUUUUUCGGACAAGACGGGAACGCUGACGCAGAACCUGAUGCAGUUCAGGUGUCUCGGCAUCCAAGACAGGGUGUACGGAUACGACGAGUUCGAGGAAGAGAAGUCGUUUGUGAUGUCAGAGAGCUGCAGCGACUUUGAGCCCUUGCGCUCUCGGCUUCCGUCGGUUUCUCUUGUGGGGGAGAGCGAGUUUUUGAGGCGAGGCAAGAAGCGUACUGAGGCGCAGGACGAUACGAACAUCUGCCCCAACGGUCAUGUCAACUUCAACCUCAAGAGCUUCCUAAGCGGCGUGGCUGCGGCCUCCCCAGAACACCAACAAAAGGCUCGGGACGCGUUGCUUGUCUUGGCUUUGUGCCAUUCGGUGCUACCCAAGCCAUCGGCGCCGCUGCCGGAACCUUUAAACAUAUGCUGCAACGAAGAACCGGCUGCUGUGCCCGCUGCUCCUGUUGCUGCAGCAGCAACAGCAGCAGCAUUCGCUGCUGAGGCUGACGCACCGUCUGUUGCAGCGCCUGCUGCUAAGGCUGCUGAUGCUGCUGCUGUACCGAAUGCGUACCAGCAGCAGAAGGGGGCAGUGCGAAGAGAGCAGCAGCAGCAGACGCGUGAGCGAGACUCGCUUCAGCCGCCGUUACGCCAACAGCAAAGGCAAAUAGAGCAACGAAAGCAGCCCGUGACAAUAGAACAGUCGCAGCGAGCGACGCUGGUGGGAGUGACAGCAGAGAGAGAUGCAACAACAGAAGGCGAUGCAGCAGCAGGAGCAGCAACAGCUGGAGAGGAGAGAACCGUCUCCAUUUCUUCUGUUGCUGUGCGUCCUGACUCGGAAUGCGGGGAGCAGUUGCCUCUCGCCGCUGCUGCAGAUGUUGCUAAUGCUGCUGAUACUGUUGCUCCUGGCGAUGCGGCAACACGAGUUGCUGUCUUCCAAUUGCCCGCGCAGGAGCACGGACGGCUCCUCAGCAGCAGCAGCAGCAGCAUAAGCCCUAGCAACAGAAGCAACACCAGCAGAAGGUUCGUGGGAGGGGCACGCUGCAGCUACAGCAGCUGCUACAGCGACAGUAGCUGCUACAGCGACAGCAGCUGCAGCAGCAACAGCAGUGAGGAGGAAGGCGGACGCUUCUUUUCGUCAGCAGGCAUGGCACCAACAGCUGCAGCUGCAGCAGAAGCAGACAGAGUGUCUUGCAGCAGCAGCAGACAAACGGAUGCUCGAUAUCACCAUAUUGGAAGCAGCGGAGCAGCACGUAGAGGGUGCAGAUUUCAGUAUAUGAGGAACCCCUCUCUGCACACGGAGGCUCCGGCCUUUCAUUCUGAUGGGGAAGAAUCGAUGGGUCGAGCGGGGGAUCGGCACGGAAAUGAGCCUGCAGCAGCGGCGGCAGUUUCAUCGUCGCCGGCUCUUAGUGAGCGGUCUGAACAGCCUCAGAAGGCAUCGUCAUUUCUGCCACAGCAGCAUCAGCAGGAGCAGCAGGAUGAUGAAGGAGGAGUGAUGCUGUCGCGGUUUCCCUUGGAGUUGUCUGCCGCUUACGAUGCUUCAAGUCCUGAUGAGCUAGCAUUAACUGCAGCAGCAAAACACUUGGGGGCGGAGUUCAUUUGCCGCCCCAACCUGAAUACCAUUCAGCUGGCUGUCAGGUCCGACUUUGCUGCAGACGCGCUUUUGAGCGAAGCAGAUCGGCUCACAGUCCGGACCCUUAUGGACGCCUACCAGCAGCAGCACCAGCAGAAACAGGGGGAGCAGCAGCAGCAGCAUGGGCAGCAGCAGCAGGAACAGCAGCAGGAGGGAGUGGUGCCGAUAGUCAAUAUUGAGCUGCUGGAGGUGCUGGAGUUCGACAACUACAGAAAACGCAUGUCAGUGGUGGUCAAAGACCGCGAGGGACAGCUGCGGCUGCUGAUGAAGGGAGCAGACACGAGUGUCUUUGCUGCUGCUGCAGCAGGGCAAGAGGAAGCCAUCGCUUUAUGCAAAUUGCAGCUAAGCGAAAUGGCGCAGCGCGGCCUGAGGACGCUUGUCCUUGGCCAAAGAUUUGCGGAGUUACUCGCAGCGAAAGACCAAAUAGGAGAAAAUCGCGAGGCAGCAGUUGCUGCGGUGUUUGCCCGCAUGGAACGAAACAUCGAAGUGUUAGGUUGCACAGGCAUCGAUGACAAGCUGCAAGACGAGGUGGUGGAGACGAUAGCGGACGUCAAGGCGGCGGGAGUUAAAGUUUGGGUGUUGACGGGAGACAAGUUGGAGACUGCCAUUAGCAUCGCCCACAGCUGCAGUUUGCUGACAGAUGCGACUUAUAAUGCAGUCGUAGACGGCAAAAGCCAGGCGGCAGUUAGAGAGCAACUUCACCAAUAUAUGAAUUAUGUCGUUGCUGCACAACUGGCGGCUGACGCUUUUGAAGCCAUCUCCUUCCGAUCGCUGCAGCAGCAGGCCUCCGACGUUAGCGAGGAGCCGCGCAGCGUCACUCCUGACCAACAGCAGCAACAGCAGCAACAGCAGCAACGGGGGUCGCGGUGCAGCAAGGCUUCAGGGAUUUGCUUCAGGGCUCCAGGAACCGGGGCCGACAAUACAACAAUGCGCAGGCACCGCAAGGCAGAGCCACCCACAAUCCCGUGGGAUGCAUUUGUCAAGAUCCUGACAUUUAAUGCCACCAAAAAGGUUGUAAAAACGGACCCCAAACAGCGGCGCAACAAGCGGCUGUCACCCCAGCAGGUCGAAGACAUCGUGCAGGAGUAUUUGGAGCAUUUUGAAAGGGAAAGUGAUGAAGGGAAGACACGAGAGCGGAAGGCUCGCAAGACAGCAGCGAGGAGGAAGAGCUUAGGGCGCAGCAAAACCAAAGUCGGUGCAGGGGCCUCCGCAGACAAAGCAGCAGAUACAGCAGCAGCGCGGUCGCCUGUUACUGCAGCUGAUGCUGCAGACGCGGGAGAAAAAGCACCUGCACUCCGGCAUGCCACAUCUACAGAAGCAGCAGCUGCAGCAGCAGCAACGCAGACACAGGAGGAGCAGGAGCAGCUGCUCCCAUCGCGCUCAAACCCUUCGAGAGGAACAUCGGACAGAAGACAACAACCGUCAAGCACCUUCACAGAUACUCCCGCAGUCCAGGGCUACCAAGAGUGUGUCGGGGUUUACGGUUUUGGCUUCCCUUUGGCCGAGUUGUGCGCGAUAACCAUAACGGGGGAAGCCUUGACACAUGCGCUGUCCACUGCGGAAAAUCGGCGGUAUUUCUUCGGUUUGGCCUCGCUGUGCAAUACCCUCAUUGCCUGUCGUGUGUCACCCAAGCAGAAGUCCGAGGUCGUACACUACUGCCAGAGGUAUCAGAGCAACACGGUGUCACUGGGAAUCGGAGACGGCGCUAACGACGUUGGAAUGUUAAUUGCAGCAAAUGUUGGAGUUGGGAUUCGCGGAAAAGAAGGCCUUCAAGCAGUUCGUGCCGCUGAUUUCUCAAUUCCCGAAUUCAAGUACCUGAAGAACCUCCUCUUCUGUCACGGCGCCGAGGCUCUCCGCCGCAAUUCAUUUCAAAUAUACCAGACCAUUUGGAAGAAUGUUGUAUUUGGGCUUGCAGACUUUUUCUAUGCCUUUGUGUCGGCCUGGUCAGCCGCAGACCUGUUCAAUUCGUGGUUGAAGCAGCUGUUUAAUGUGCUUUACACCACGUUGCCGGUCGUCCUCUACUCAAUUUUUGACCGCCAACUCCCCAUGGAAGUGACGCUCCAAACCCCCGUCCUCUACCCAGCCUUUGCGAAGCUUGGGGUUCAGCGUUUUGCAGGCGCUGGCCUGUUUUGGCGUUGGUUUUUGGAGUUGCGUCUUUUGGGUAAUAAUUAUGGUGAGCCAUGCUUCCCAGCGUGUUUUCGCGACUCUACCAGCAAGCGUAAUGAUUUCCCUUUGCCCUGGUGGAUUCGUCUGCGCGAGGCGUUCGACAAGAGUGCCUGCUUUCCUGGGGACUACUGUCCAGAUUUAUACGGAGCGCUGCGAGCCACCCAUUCCCUCAGCCGGCAUUAUUUUUCAGCUUUGCUGGCGGUCGUUGUGGUGCUGAUGCCUCCUUUUUUAAAUUGGUUUUACGUGACAAUGUUUCGACCUUCCGCUCAAUGCAUCAUCCGCGAACGUAUUGCCAUGGGAGUGUUUGACGUCGUGGUGGCGCCCAGAGGAAACGCAAAGACGGUCGUAGUGGUGCCGAAAACGCACAGCGAGGAAUGGAGAGGAUAUGCAUUUGCCGAGCAGGACCGCACGCGUCUGGGGCAUCAUCGACUGUCCAUGAUGCUCUAUGACUAUAGCUCUUCAAACUCAGUGAAAGGAGAAACAGUGCAAACUGCUGGUGGUGCUGGUCGCCCCCCGUGCAGGGCGCAGCUCCAAGCAACAAGCUUCCGCCCACGCAGCAGCAGAAGCAGCAGUACGGUGCACCAACAGCAGCAGCAAGUGCAGACGCAUGCUGCUGGUGCUGCGCACCGAUCAGCUUCUGUUACAACGAAUGCAGCAGCAGCGGGCGCGGCAGGGCAGAGCUGA